AAAACUCAAGACCUUUAGCUGAGAAGCAAACAACUUUAUUGCUGUUCUUUGUUUAUUGUCGGUGUCUCAAUCAGAUCCGUCUCGUCAUGUCCGGUCGCGGUAAGAAGCUGGUCGCUGCGCAGAAGACCAAGUCGUCGUCGGUGUCGCGCUCGACGCGCGCGGGGCUGCAGUUCCCGGUCGGUCGCGUCGCGCGGCUGCUGCGGAAGGGGAACUACGCGUCGCGCAUCGGCUCCGGGGCGGCGGUGUACCUCACGGCGGUCAUCGAGUAUCUGUGCGCCGAGGUGCUGGAGCUGGCGGGCAACGCGAGCCGCGACAACAAGAAGCUGCGCAUCGCGCCGCGUCACAUCCAGCUCGCGGUGCGCAACGACGAGGAGCUGAACACGCUGCUGGGGGGCGUCACCAUCUCCGAGGGGGGCGUGCUCCCCAACAUCCAGGCGCAGCUCCUGCCGAAGAAGACCAAGGGCCCUCGGGACCCGGCCGACUCCAGCAAAGACAUCCAGUCCCAGGACUUCUGACGGAGCUGCCUCCCUCUUCAUCACUUUUAACUUAAUAAACGUAUUCAUGGUUUUUCUUUUAA